UUCAAAGCAGCCUAAUUCAUGAAGUGGCCUUAAAAAUAAUAUCUUAAACUAGAUAACAGUAAAUACAUUUUUAGUAAUCAAAUUUCAUGUUAUCGUAUACAGACAAACAGAGAUAAGAAAGGUCAGGGGAGGGUCACCAAAAAAAAAAUAAUUUGUGUUCCAGGGACUCAAUAUGGAAAUACAGUCUGUCAUUUUUGAGAUACUGAAUCAUAAAGAUACGUGUUCAUCAAGGGAGAUUUUGAUCAGUGAGUGGUGCUAUAAAAUAGCACAGUCACCAGAAUCAUCACCUGGAGACCAUCACUAUCCAUUAGUAUAGCAUUGUGGUAAGUAGUGACCAAGAUACAGGGCUCCAGACUAACUUUUUACAUUGGUUGCACUGGUGCUAGAUAUCUGAUAUCUAACCCUGCACCAGGAUGGAUUUUCUUCCAUAAUUUCCUUAUUCCUUUUGGUUUAAGAUCUAAUUAGCAAAGUCAACCACUCUCAGUGGAGACAUGGCCUAGAAAACAGCAAUAUGACAAAAUUGGACAGGAAAAAAGAAGAAUGUAUUGGUUAUAAACCCUGGUUGAACCAAGCAGACACAUGUAACACACAUACUGGACUGUGUCUUAAAGACAUGCAAAUUGGUGAGAACAAAAACAGCUCAUACUGUGAGAAGUCUCACGGUAAAAUUGUGAGAAUGUUUCAUGUUGCAACUGUGUUACCACACAGAAGUUGCGUAAAUCAAGUGCCACAACCACUGUGGCUGAGUUAAUUUGUUUUUUGUGAGCUCUGUAUGAAUUGUGUUUCCUGACACCAAGCAAACAUCCAAAGUCACAUAUACGCAGUUACAUAUACGCAGUCCUCUUCCUGCAUGCACACUGUCUGUAAUAUUGCCUUUUACUGGAAGAUAAUAUUCCCUUAACGCAAUAACACACUGUAUAUGUUUCAUCUGAGUUCAUACUCAGCCAGUCAUGUAUGCAAAUUACUUAGUCAACCAAAAGCAGAAGUUGUUCAUUCUAAGGCUGAGUGACAGAUUCAACUGAACAGAGGAAACAACCAGUUUGAGGGUGCGCUGUGGUUUGAUAACAGCAGCACUUCUCUGUCUACAAGUCAGACAGAACUUAACAGAACGGCUGUAGCGAUGUCGGAGGAGGAGGUUAACUACGCUUCGGUUGUAUUCAAAAAUAAAAAACAUCCUCCACCUGAAGCUAUAAAAGAGGAGGAAAUUGUGUACGAUGAAGUGAAGGUGCGAGGCGAAACACCCAAACAAACUUCUGAUUCAAACGCAGGAUUAUUGCCAGACAAGAAAGCAAACAAAAGACGUCGCCACUAUCAGCAGUUGGCUUGUUGUUUGGGGAUUCUUUGUGUCAUUUUGCUGUUGGGCAUCAUAGCACUCUGUGUACUGCACCAAAGCAAGACCACAAGCCUGACUGCAGAAAACCAGAAGCUGAGCACAAGAAACCAGGAGCUGGAGACACAGAAGAACAACUUAACAGCACAAAUACGAGACAUGGAGACUAACUGGAAUGAGCUCAACGUCAGUCGAGCUCAGUGGAGCAUUGAUGCCUACUGCCCCAAAACAAAUAAUGACAGAGAGUGUAAAGUUUGUCAGGAUGGCUGGAAAUACAACGACACCACCAAGCCCAGCUGCUAUGCGAUUAAUAACGCUGCUCAUCCUAAUCGGAGAACCUGGGAAGAAGCUCGAGAAGACUGCAGAGGAAAGAAUUCAAAUUUCACUGUUAUACAUGAUGAAAAGGAGAAGAAAGUAAUCAAUGCUUACAGCUGGGGAAGUAAAGGAACCAAUGGAUACUGGAUUGGCCUGAGAGUUGAAGAUGGGAAAUGGAAGUGGAUCGAUGGAAGUGAUCUGACUGUAAACUACUGGGCACAACCUCCACCUACUCCUCCUCCCUUCGGCCACUGCGCAAUUUCUUUCGAGAAGGAAGGAUGGAAAUCAGUGAGAUGUGAUGUCAGACAACAAUGGAUCUGCGAAAAGAAUGCUUUAUCUCUUUAAACACACUGCAGUCAUACAUGAGAGGUUACUGGAUACUCUGUAAGGGUUAAUUACAUGUAAGAUAAUAUCAAUAUAAACUGUGUUUUUCAAAGAUAACAAAAACACAAGGGAUUUUAUUUUUAUAAAGAAAAGGUAAAACUAGUAACUAGAUAAAACUGUUUGUUUGUGUCUGAAAAAAAGAUUAAAUGUAUAAUAAUAAUAAUAA